GCCAACCUCCUUUCCUCUCAAAUACAACAGAUUUCGAUUUAAAGACAUUACUGAGAUUUUUUUAGUGGAGGAGGCGCAGUGGGAACUAAUCAGACAUUCACAUUUUAACACCAUUCUUCACCAUAAAGGUCUGUCCCAGCAUUCCAGUCCCACAAAUUCAGGAGGCGGAGGACGAAGCACGAAAGUCUCCCAUCAAGUUGUGGAUUAAAUGUCGAAUUUUUAAAGCUACCAUGAUUUUGACCUCUCUCAGUUUUGUGCUGCUUCUCGGCUAUGCUCAUUUGUGGACUGCAAAACCCCAGACUGAAAUAAGGAUGGUUGAGGAGCAGGAUGUUGUUCUACCAUGUCACCAUCGCUUCGGUCACUUAGUAUCAAAGAAUCUGGAUAUUGAAUGGCUUUUGCAAGACUCUGAACCCAAUCAGAAAGUGGUGAUUACCUAUUCUUCAGGUAGAGUAUACACGAAUAUAAGUGCAAGGCAGAGAGGAAGAGUUUCCUUUGCAGCAAAUUACCAGAUGGGGGAUGCUUCCAUUAAAAUAUCAUCCCUACAUUCGACAGACUCGGGGCUGUACACAUGCAAAGUGAAAAAUGAAGGAGUGUAUGACUGGAAGAAUGCUAUUAAUCUUGUUGUUUUAAUCAAACCCUCUAAACCUAAGUGUUGGACCCAAGGGAAACUACUGAAAGGAAAUGAUAUCAAACUUCAGUGUAAAUCGGACAAAGGCACCCAACCCAUCUUGUAUGAUUGGAAACCUGUUUCGGAUACAGAAGAACAUCAAGCCAAACUACAUCCAAGCUUACACAUAGAUUCAAAAACUCCUGAAAUGCUUUUCCUGAAGAAUUUGAGCCAGGUGAAUGCUGGUCUAUACAAGUGCAGUGCCAUAAAUGAGGCAGGAGAAGAAAGCUGCAUUGUUAAUGUCGUAAUUAUGGAUGAGCUCGAUCCUUGGAUCAUUGCUGCUGCUGUUAUUGGAGUUAUAGUUGGGCUAUUGUUAAUCUUCCUAAUCAUUUGGUUUACACUGUACCUGAAAGGGAAGCAUAAAUAUGAGGAAGAGGAAACUCCAAAUGAGAUCAGGGAAGAUGCUGAGGCACCAAAGGCAAAGCUCAUCAAUUCACCAUCUUCAGUGGGGACAGGAAGCACAGGAUCUGGUUCCUGUUCAGUCAAUUCUGUCAAAAAUGGAACUGUUUACCCCAAGCAGCCUCAAACACCAUCAAUGGAAGAGAACAAGACACCCAUUACUUACUCACCAACAGAGGAGGCCAAGAUUGAUAGGAGCGGACCAACUCAGGCACAUAUGAAAAGAAUGGGUGCAGUCCCUGUCAUGAUACCUGCCCAAACAAGGGCUUUUCAAACUGUAUGAGCAUUAAUUGGGGGGAUAUAUUCUCCAACCAAUGUACUGGGAAGUUUUAUCAAUUGAACUUAAGGCUGGAAAACCUGACCUGCGACCUGCCCCAUUUCCAAUUUUGACAUGAGUGAAUUUUGUUCACUGAAUAGGAUAGAUUUACCUAAACUAGAUACCUUCACACAUACUGACUGCAUUGGGGAAAAAGUCCAGAAAAAGUAGAUUUCUAUUGAACAGAUGAAUCUACUUUGCACAAUAAAGUUCUGAGGCUGGCUUCAUUUAUACUUACACACAGACAGAUACACAAACACACAUACACACACACACACACACACACACACACACAAUUCUAAUUGAAUUCUGUCUGAAUUUGCUGAACCUGUGGAAUGGUAAGAUGCAAAUGAUAUUUUAAUGUUGUUCAGAGCUAGCUAAAUAAAUGCCUUAUUCCAGAAUGUUACUGAAAGAAAACUGGGAAAAGUUCAAGAUUUAAUAACCUAUAGUACUCUGAUUCCUGACCUGCUGCUGGUAUUGAUUUAGUAAAAUAUGCUCUAGUACAUUCUAGUGUGUACACUGCCGACAAGCUGAGUUGCUAGCCAAUCUAACUUGUUCCUUACAUGUUCACAGUCAUUCCCAUAUCGUCCAAGUGUGAUUUUGAAAAACCUGCUGCACAUUCCCACCUGCUGGCUAUAAUGGGAUUCCUCUCUGAUUGCGGGCUGUGCACAUUUAAUACUCACAGAGAAGGACCCUAAUGGAGAAUAAUGUUAGAGCUGGGAAUUCGCAAUUAACAGUGCAUUUUCAUUUAUCUGAACAUAGACAGGCACCACAGCACGGAUAUAAUCAGAUACAGCUCAGUAAAAAUGUCACUGGAGGAUAUUGCUACUGGCAAAAUAAUUUAGAGUAAUGUAUCUUCAAAUGAAACAAUAACAUCAAUUUAUACCAAAAGGUGUACAAAAUUUAAGUAGGUACACAGCCUGCAUAAACUAAGAAAAACUUUCUGCUCAUCUUUCACGCAGACUUGACAAUCAUACAGUUCAUGUGAUUACUGUUUUUAAAUCAAAGAAACGUAUGUAUGAUAAAGACAUGGCACAUGUCUUAUAAUCAACUUUUAAUAUCUUUGCUAUUCAAUGGUGAGUGAUUGACAAUAACACAACUUUACUGCUUCUUUAUCCUUCAUGUUCUAACCAGUCUCUUGGUAAAUAGGUUUUUCUGAAAUCUUUACAGUAUUUUGUAUUUAUGGCCCUCAGUUUUGAACUUUUCCACCAAUGGAAACAACUUCUCUAUCAGUAGUCUAUCAAACCCCCUCAUUAUUUUAAAGUCCUCUAUUAAGUGAUCAAAUAUUGCUAUAGCAUGAAUCUAGUUGUACUGAACAUCAAACUGCACCUUUACUGGCUUUAGUUGAUAUCAAUUACACUCGGUGAAUUAAAUAUUAUUUUCCUUAAUAAUGUCAAGAAAUAGAACAAAGUUUUUCUGAGAGAGUGAGAUUUUUUCAACAAAUCCCAUAGGGAAGGGUAGAAAUCUUCUUCAGAAAUUGUUGUGGCCCUUCAUGGUUAAUGAUUAAAUCAUAUACUCUCUUCCUCUUUCAUUUUGCUGGUGUUCAGUAAUCACUCAUAAGAUGCUUUGCCCCAGUGUCCAAAUAUUAUUAUUAUUAUCUAAUAUCCACAUAUGCUUCUACAUUGCUUUUAGCCUCCCAAAAAUUAUAUAUUUGAAAGGCAUUAUAUCUGUCUUGAAAACAAGGGUCUGCAGUUCAAGUUUUGUUGCCUCUGGCUUGGUAGAGAUAAUGGCCUAAAAAUUGCUGUCAAAAUAAUAGGUUAAUAGCGCAUGUUAUUAUUGAUGUGCAAAUACCACUGCACCUUCAGAUGAGGGCAGAUGUGUAACAAAACACAAAAGUGAAAAUUUUCCUCACAGUCAAUAUCUGAAAGAGAACUAUUGAAUUGGAGGGAUUCACUCCUUAAGGUUUUAAUUAUCUGUAUGUUGUUUCAAAUUUCAAUUCUUUUUAAAUGUUGGUGUUCUGUUUCUCUUUUCUCUUUUUUAAUCUCAUAUUCCUUUUUCUCUUUAUUUAAUGUAUUAGACAAUGCAUUCAUCAACUCCAAACUACACUACCUGCUUCAACCUGUGUGUUAUUCAUUUAAUUUGGCUGAGAAGAUGCACAAUCGUUUGUCCUCUUCACUCAGGUGGUUGACACCUGGUAGAGUGUUGCACUCUCUAUCUCAUACUUUCUGUGACUUUAGUGUAAAAUAUCAUGGAGAUUUGGAAGUACAGCAAUUGGAGGUAUUUGUUGUCGUAGUAUUUGGUUCAUAACUUGUCUAAUUGAACAAUGGGCUCUGUGUUCUGGAUUUUAGAAAACUGGCUUCUGCCAAUUAACUUAACAAAAUAGUUGAUCGUUGAUAAUUACUUUUCACAUUUAUUCUUUUCUGGCUUAAUCUAGAACAGAUCAUCCAAGUACUUUGAAAAAUACACUGCAUAAACUGCAAUGCAGACUUUUAAUUAAUAAUAGACUUACAAUCCCUAAAGAUUGGGUGUGGGCAUAAUACAAACACAUUUAGUUAUUAACAACACUAUAAAAAGACCAUGGAGUUCAUAACUGUAGUGCUUAGGAAAUUCAUAUUGGUGCAACAUAUAGGAUAUUGGGCAAUAUAUUGGAAUUCACGGACAUGGGCCAAAUACUGUUCGGAGCCAUUGUGUUUAUGUCAUUCACACAGUAAGAACUCAAAUGUUCUCCACUUACUAAGAUUCACCACAAGCUUAACUGGGGAAAUUGUAGUGUGCAGGCAUGUGUGUUCUAUGUGUAUCUUUCCUUUCUUCGUUGUAGGCAACUGAUAAUUUGGUAAAUGCACAUUCAAAACUAAAAAUGAACAGAGAAGUACAUUUCUGCCUGAGAAAACCUCAAGUGAUUCACUGUCUCAGCAUAUGGGGAACGUAUUAAUCAAAAGCAACACAAAAACUUAAUCAGGAUUUCUGACAUGUGCAGCCAGUUUUGAACUUUUUGUUUACUUUUAUUUUUGUGUAUGUUUAAGUAGUUAGAAAGAUAUGUAUUCUUUAAUCCAUAAAUAUUUGCUUAAAGGUUUUUUAUUGAAACAGCCAAAUUCCAUUCUUUUUGUUAUAAAAGAGAGGAAUUUGAAAGCAGCACUUGAUGAUAUUAGUACUUAAAGUAUUGGCUCAUUGCCUUAUACAAACAUUGCACUUUCCCUAGUGCAGCUUAGGAAGUUGCAAACUAUUGUUAUGUCCAGUACAACUUAAUCAAGCAACAUUGUGAAUGUUUGGACAUUAGUGGCAUUAGAUUUGCUCAAUCAAUCAUAUCCCAAUGGAAAUUUAUUUGGAGAUCAUUUGCUGCUGGUUUCAGCUGUUAGACGGCAAAAUUUAUCCAUUUGAUUUUCCUUACUCAGUAUUGUGAAAAUUAUUUACCUGGUCCUAACAGUAGAUGUUGUUAACCACUAGGCAGGUAGUGCAUGUGUGAAAGAUUUUGUUGUAAACUUUAAACAUCCUGACAGAAACUAGCAAAGAUUUGAAUUUUGUUUAAAAAAAGAAAAUUUUUACUAUGUUUUUGGUUUAAAAGUGAAAGCUUUUUAUGUAUCAAAAAGGAUCUUUUGAAAGGGAAAUAAUGUUCAACUAUGAACUGCUUUAAUAUUUAACAUUACGAUAAUUACAAAGCACCAAAACGGAACACUAUCAAUUAUCCAACACUUCCUUUGCAAUUGUGCUUAAUUGCUCAAUUAUAGGUCAGUUUUCAUAAUUUGUUCGAUAAACUUCGUUUUAGUUUUCAAAACAUUUACUGUAAAUACAAUCUUUAUGUUGAGUUGUAUCAGCCAAAUAUGAAUUUGGAGCUUCAUUGGUGUAUAACCUGCAAAAUAUUGACUGCAUUUCCUAUUUUUAAGACAUUCUUUCCUUGCUAUUGAGUGCAUCACUUGUACAGACUUCCUCAUGUAUGAGGACAGGCAGAUGGCCUCAACCACUAGAGCUCAUUAGGUAAAUAGUAAAUGUACAAAACCAACUUCUGAUGCUUCCUAUAAUUUGUCUCCCUCCUGUGAUGAAGGUUGUGGCUUUAAGGUGGUGCUCCAUCUACCCUCAUCUCCUCCAAAUCCACAUGACCACAACUAAUAUCAGAUAUGUGAAUCUAAAUCAUAGCAUAUUUAAUACCAGUAUGUCAGCAAAUAAUAUUGGUUUUAAAUUAUCUUAGGUGUACCAAUUAUAGAGACAUAGAUUCAUAGAGUCAUCUAGCAGUAAACAGGCCCUUCCGUCCAACUCGUCCACACUGACCAGACCUCCUAAUCUGACCUAGUC